CGGUCUAGUCCCCAGAUGGGCUCGCGGUUGGGCUUUCCACUGUUCGGCCUCAAGCCGCUGGGACCCACCCGUUGUGGGUCCCAGGGAAAGCUUCUGGAGCCACAGAAAAGGCACGGGCCCACACGCCUAGGUUCUCUCUUUCCCCCAAUCCUCUUCCUCUUCUCGCCGACCCCCCGACUGGCCCCGCCGGCCCUGCGUGUUCUCUCGCCCCGCUACGAACUCUUUGCCGAUUCCUCUCCACCAGGUCUCGAGUCGGCGGCGAUGGCGUCGAAGCGGAUCCUGAAGGAGCUCAAGGACCUGCAGAAGGAUCCCCCCACAUCCUGCAGCGCAGGUCCCGUAGGAGAGGAUAUGUUCCAUUGGCAGGCAACAAUCAUGGGUCCUUCAGAUAGUCCCUAUGCAGGUGGCGUGUUUCUGGUUUCGAUCCACUUCCCUCCGGAUUAUCCAUUCAAGCCACCAAAGGUUGCUUUCAAGACAAAGGUCUUCCAUCCAAAUAUCAACAGCAAUGGAAGCAUCUGCCUCGAUGUCCUGAAAGAGCAGUGGAGCCCAGCAUUAACUGUUUCCAAGGUGCUACUUUCAAUCUGUUCGCUAUUGACAGACCCAAACCCUGAUGAUCCGCUGGUUCCCGAGAUAGCUCACAUGUACAAGGUGGACCGAAGUAAGUACGAGACCACUGCGAGGAGCUGGACCCAGAAGUAUGCAAUGGGUUAGUAGGGAAUCCGUCCGUUAUAACAUACUAAUGGACCUAUCCCUUGUAUGGUACGAUUCCGGUAUUGUAAUAGCAACUAAAGUCGUAGGUCGAUGGUAACUGUUGAACAUAUAUGCAUUAGCGUGCCUUCAACAGAAUAAUAGAGUUUGAUAAACUCAGUGCCGGUGCUGCAUGAUUGACGUGGAUGGCAGAUCUGCUCAUAAGGUGUGAUUUUUGCACGCCACAUUUUUCUUC